GCGACGUCAAGCCAUUAGCUUUGCGGUUAUUUUCUUCUUCUGAUUGUUCGGCGAACUCAAGUUGUGUGCGGCAUUUUUCGAGCUUUCCGCGCGAAUCACUCCGCGUUUACGCUUACCGCGGACGUCACAGAUUUCGUUUUGUUUUUUGCGAUUUGGGUUGUCUAGCUGUUUUUCAACAGCCGUCAACUCAUCUAAUUCAGUUGCUUUUGUUGUUUUGGCUGUUUUUGCUAGCGGUGUUUUUUUCUGUUUCCUUCACAUCUUCAUUGUUGGGACCAUUUGAGACGAGCAGAGGGAAUACCCUGCGAUAACUAUUUGUUGCUGUUGUUUAGUUGAAGAAUCGUGCUUGUGAGGAAAGUGAAGCCGCUUAGAAAAGUUUAACCCUUCCCUUUUUCCUUUUUGUCUGCAGCGCCUGAGAGCCUUAUUUCAUUAAGUCUCUUUUGGUGGACCUCACGCGUCAUUCCGUGGCGCUUCGUAUUCAGUUUUGGAUUUGCUGCACCCCCUUUUUUUUCACAUCUCUUUCUGCUCUAAUUAAUCAUUAAUUGAAUCCCUUCUCUAGAGAUUUUGUGUGUGUGUGUGCGUUUUGGUUGCUAUCCAUUCCAGUGGUGGCAACGCCCGGCUGCACUUCUCAACUUCACCGGCUCUCAGCAACAACUUUGCGUGUGCCCCUUCUUUCCGUGGAUCUUUCAAUAUUACAUUGUCUUCCAUCGGUUGUACUUUUUUUUGUUUUCUGCCGGUAUAGAGCUGUGCGAGUGCGUGUGUGUGUGUGCGACGUCCUGCUGAUUACCGAUCGCAGGCACUUCCUCAAUCGUCUUUUGUUUAGUUCUGCUUCCCACUGUGUGAGCCCCACGCUCUAGCGGCGUUUCGGGUUUCAUAUUGAUUUACUUCACUCUCUCUCAUGGAGUGAGAAAGAGCCGAUCUGUAACGCUCUUUUUCUUUUAUUUACUACACGCGGCUCGCAUUAAAGUUGUUGAGUCCGCUGAGCAGCACAAUCAGCGUGAAAAGGUCCGCGAGGCCCUGCGCCCGCGAUAGCUUUUAUCGUUGCUGUCACAGUUCUACUCUUGAUACAUAGAGGAGAAAUUUGCGCUUCACAUACACGCCGACGUGUUGUUUUCAUCAUUGAGAGAUGCAGCAGCAGCUGUCGAAGCUUGCUGUUUGCGGCCGAGGCCCGCUUCCCCGGCAACGCUUUAUGUUCGCUUCUAUUUGUUCUCUUCUGCGUCGUCCCUCUGCAACGAAGCUGGCCGCACCCCUUGUGUCGUCGCAGACUCUCCGUGCCUUCCGCAGCGGGGUGGCAGGAGCCCUCGCCACUGGUGCGACUUCCACUGCACAGCGUCACAAAGGCACGUAUGGCGCACCCUUGGGGUCACCAGGUUUGCUAACAACGCGAAAGCCGCGGAAGCAGUACAACUACCUCAACACAUCACGCCUGAUCGAGACACCGAAGAAAAUCCCCGUGCAUGUGCAACGUGUGCGAGAUGACAAAACGCUGGAGCGGCGGCAACACUUCAAAGAAAAUCUGCUACGCGACGUGGAGCAGAAGAUUCGCUUUUUCCCUCCUCUCGUUAAGAAGCGCGUUUUCUUCCCAAUGAGCACGAUAAACAACCGCGUUCUUAUCUUUCGCGGUCACCGUGAUCUUGGCACCCUCCUCGGGACACGCCUUACGUGUCUCGUGAUUGAGCAGCUCAAGAAGGCGGAGAAUCGUUCAUUCCUGCUCGAGAAAAUGAAGGAGCUCGAGGUCGAGCCUCCCACCGCGGCAGAGUGGGCGAAGUUCACUGACCCGAAGACGGGAGACAUUAACAUCGACGUCUUGUACUCCCCCUGGAUCGAAAGCCUCUUGUGCUCCUUUGCAAGAAUGGAGCGGAAAGCGCAUAAGCAGCCACAGAACUUGCGAUCCAUGGCGGCCUUGCGAGAUUACGUGGUGCAGAACUUCGCGAAUCCCUCGCUCGUGCCGUCCUUAGAAUCGUGGUCGCGUGCGCAGGGCCCAGUGCGCGAGACCGACUUUGUUGGUCGACCCGGCAGCAACGUGGCGAGGCAGGUCCAGUAUAAGACGAAUGUGCAGCGCAUGAGCCAGUGGGGCAAGCAGCAGGCGUUCGACGCCGUCUCCGCCCUUUCACUGGAGGAGCAGUUGACACUAGUGAAGGACGUGGCGCAGAGACGCACGCAGCUCCUGCAGGAGCUCGAGGAGCGGCACCUUUUUGCGACUAAAUUCAAACACGUCCUGUUUUCGCUGGAUGAGUUGAAGUCCAUCAUGGGGCCGUGCGAGUUGUUUCACAACGCCUGCGCGCGCAAGUUUGUGAUGGAGCACAAGGGCGCCUACUACCCAAAGCACACCCGCGACACGAAGGCCUUUACGCAGCUGCCCAAGGAAGAGAGGGUGCGCCUGUGUGCGUUUGGCUACCGCUUCGAGGCGCAGCCGACAACGGGGCAGAAGCUGUACGUGCGCUGUUGCGUCCGGGACUACGGUCUCCCCUCUUCCGAGGCGUCGCGCCGCUACGGGCGGCUCAGCGACCUUCAACGGGCAGCAUUGUGUUUUCCGUUUUACCUCCCCAUCGCACCAACGCGCGCCACCGUCGCGUCUUUCAAGCGUUUUUACCGUGAUAUGUGUGCGCGGUACGGUCUCGCCAACCCCAACGGCCCAGUGCUGGGCAACCGCCUUUUUGAGGCCGCGAUGCGCAAGCGCUGGAAUGGCCUCUCGAUGGAAGAGCGGGCACAGUACGAGGACAGCGACCGCGUUGCGGAUGUGUUCCCGCUGAUUAAGCCGGCCACAAAGGAGUCGUCGACGUCCAGCACGGAGGCCAUGGCGGAGUACUUCACAGAGGAUCACCCGCGGACGUCAUGCAGCCUGGACGAACUUCUCGCGAGCACCGCCACGAAGAAAGAAGAAGCAGCGGAGGAAGAAGGCGAGGGAAAAGGCUGUGACGAGGAGCCGCUGGUGAUGUCUGCGCGCGGGGUAUCUGGGUCGUUUGCAGCGUCGCCACGCGGUGCUGCUGCUGUGGCGCGUGCAACGGUGCGUAGAGUCAACGGGCGAGAGGCGGGCUCACGUGCGCAUCAUGAGCGACUUCGCGUUAUUGUGAUGUAA